AUGGAUUCGUUGGAUAAUGGAAAAUCGUGUACAGUAGCUUUGGAUGUUGAUUUUACCAAUGCCAAACUUCUGUCAAAUUUUGAAGUGUAUGACUUCAUAAAAAAUCGCGCUGGAUCCAAGGAUAAGCUUCGUUGCCAACAAACCUUAUUUUUUACUGGAUUGAAAUAUUUUAAUGAAAAAUCUCCAUGUACUUGCCAGACAUCUGAAUCUAUUCAACAAUUCAUUGCCAAAAUGAAGCCUUUUAAUCUUAACAAGUCAGAAAUACUAGCGCUGAUAAAUAAUUGUCCUGCCACUCAGGUUGAACUUUCAAUUAUGAUAAAUGAUCUCGAUACGCGGUUUACGUUGGCUCAAAUUGAUGAGAUUCUUGAAAAAGUAGCUUCGUGUUUUCCCGAUGGCAUCAAAAAAGCUUCUCAGAUCGCUUCUUCUGGUGUUGCCGAAGAAGACGAAGGGGAAAUUGGAGAAGAUGAUAUAGGAAGGGAAAAUGAAGAAGUAGAUAAAUAA